UUGCGCUUCUUACCAUGAGAGCAAAACAGUGCAAGGAGGCGGACGCUAUAUGACAGCUAAGCGCGUAUAUAUACAACUCGCAUGUGAGCUUGGGUUUGGCUAUCCAUGCGUCGUACACUUGAUUGCUCACGAGGCAGAGCGGAGAUGUACAUCGGUGUGGACGAGACAGCCCGAGAUCUCCCUUCCAAAAUGAGCUUCUUUGCAGGGUGGGGGAGAUCCACGCCGUCCCUGCGCUGAGCUGCUGAUAAGCAACUCUCAACCGAGAUUGACGCGAGACAAAGUGAUGGGCAACCUGCCCCCCCCCCCCCCCCCCGCCCUCGGUGACAUCCCAACAGCCUGACGACGCCACUAUCAUCACCACCACCACCGCAACCCGGCGUAGCUUCCUCGGAUGAGAGGAGCGAGCGUGCGUGGCUCUCCUUCUAUGAGGUACGCUUCCUUUGGGGGAAACUCAAUAGGCAUCGUCUCAGUGUGCAAGCUGGUCUACAUGCAGCUGUAAAAAAAUGGGCUGCAUCAGCUCUAAAACGCCAGUGGUGGCGGUUGAUGGUACCUUACGCGUGGACUGGAGCCCGUCGAGCUCCCUGUCUGACCUUGCUCUAUUGGGGAGCGCGCAAACCCGCCUGGUGCGCAGACUGAUUUUGACAGCACCUUUGGGUGCACUGGACUUCAGCCAGGUGAAUGUUGAUGACACCACUGAAAUGUUACCCAAAUCAAGGCGAGCGUUGACCAUUCAAGAGAUUGCAGCGUUGGCACGAUCCUCCCUGCACGGUAUUUCCCAGGUAGUGAAGGACCAUGUGACAAAGCCCACCGCUAUGGCACAGGGCAGAGUAGCCCACCUCAUCGAGUGGAAGGGAUGGUGUAAGCCAAUGGAAACGCCCACGGCCCUGGAAUCAGACUUUAAUUCUUAUUCUGAUCUCACCGAGGGAGAGCAGGAGGCCCGUUUUGCUGCAGGUGUCGCAGAACAGUUUGCAAUUGCCGAGGCUAAACUGAGGGCUUGGUCGUCGAUCGAUGGUGACGAUUCCAACGAUGACUCAUACGAUGAAGAUUUUCUGCCCGCCAACGAGCCUGCAACACAGAGCACAGAUGUGCAAUCAUACCCUCCAUACUUGAAGGACUUGAUUCACAGCCAGCUUUGUCAACACCUGGGCCUUCGCGGGCCAUGCUGCGAGGGAGGGGGCAGCGGCGAGCCGUCUCCCACGGCCGGCUCGCCGGACACGCUUCGCUCCAGCCUGUGCAGCGUCGACGAACACCACCCGCUUCUGCGCGACCUGAGCGGCCACUGCGCAACCCACGGCAGCGCCGCUGAGCUGGCCGCUAAAAUCCUGUCGGCGCUGCAGGGUGGAGAGGAGCUUCUGCUCGCCCGGCUUCAGAGGGUGGGGCGGACCGGGCCCGGCGGGAAGGACUGCGCAUUCCGCAGCCAAGGAGGGAGCGGGCAUGGCAUCGGGCCUUGCGGCGGUCAGGAGUCUCCUGCGUAUUCUGUGUCUUACUCAGAGACAUAUCUGUCCCCAGGGGAGGAUGGCGACACCCCAUGCAAGGACUAUGAGGCCACCUUGUGCCAGGCCGAGGCCAACGGGGAAGAUUUUCCGCCGGGUUACGAGCCCCGCAGAAGGAUGUCAGACGUGGCCUCCUCGGGAGUCGUUUCGCUUGACGAGGAUGAGGACGAGGAAACACUUCAGGGCGAGUCAAACCACCAGUGACUCCUCUCAUGGCAGUGUUAAGCCCCCGCCUCCCCUUUGCUCUUUGAGGUUCCUCGAUCAUGACAUCAACGUUUGAUCCAGAAAUGAUUUUUUUUCAUCCGUCUUUGCCUUACUUGCGCCGUCACAACAUUUCAGCUCCAUUUCCUAAUUCUUACCAAAGUCAUUCAACGUAUGAGUUCUCUUCUUUUCCAAGCGUCCAAACAAUCUUUUUCUGUGCUUGAGAACUCGAGUUGUGGACUUGUUAGAGUAGCCAUCGCUCAAUGGAAGCUGCGGGUUUGAUACGGGUGGAUCCAUGCGCCGCCGUUCUUGCCGACGUCGAAAACUCCC